AUGGCGAGAAAAAUGGAAGCUGCAGCGCCGCUGGUCCAGACGCCGAUCCAACUCUCUGGGCACAGCCUGCCACGCAAUACAUCGACGACUGUGCUGUGCACAAGCCACAGCACAAACGCGCGCCGCUCUUACGUCGCGAUUGGCGACGUUGUGCGUGCAAGCGCCACCUCGGGCGUGCGGCGCCGACGAGGCCUUGCGGCGAGCAUUGAGCAAGGCGUCGCGGUCGUGCUGAUGGACGUGAAUACCCAGAUGCCCAUGCACACAUACACACUGCGUCCUUCGGACCACAUCACCAGCCCGCCCCUGGUCGUGGAGCGUGCAUUGCACGCUGCGGGCGACAAGAAAUUAGUGCGCACGACCUACCUCGGCGCGCAGGAUGCGAGCGGCACUGUGCUCUGGGUCCUCACCGAGUCACUAGAUAUGCGUGGAAAGCGCAUCGCCGAGCUCGACCCGGAAAAGGCCGUGCAUAGCGUCGCUGGCGCGCCCCUUGAAGCGCUCUUUUCCCUCCGCUCCGGCGAUCUGCUCGCUGUGCGCGCCGACGGCACGGUUGUCCUCCUUGCUGAGCCACUGUCGUCGCAAAGCCUUGUCAAAUACACUGCAGAGAUAGGGUCUUUUUUGCCGCGGAUGCGUCUCGAUACCCAAAUGCUGGACGCGCCGUUUGCCAAAGCAUUGCUGCACCACGCGCCAAACGCUGCGUCGAUGCUCGGUGCACUGCUCCUUGUCAGCGCGCCGCAAACCAAGGAUGCGCAGCUUUCAGUGCGCGCGCUCGCCGUGCACGCCGAGGCACCGUUUCUCCGUGCGUACGACAGCGCGCCGCUUUUCCCUUCUGUCCCUGCGAGCAAAGUGAUUAGCAGUUCUGUCCAUCCCAGCGGCGCGCUCUGUGCCCUGUCCAAGUCGGGCGAGCUGUGCACGGCGAACUUGUCGCUCGAGCACAAUGCACUAGAUGCGCUCGAUCCGCACACGGUCGCCCUCCCGGCGCUGCGCGGCGCUGCCAAGAGCGCCGUGCGUGCGCUUUUGCUCUCCCCCUCGCACCUCCUCUUGCUCACCGUUCCGAGCGGCGAUGUGCAGAGCGCCAAGGAGCGCGCCGCGGCGCUGAUUUGGGACGUGGAUCUGGACACGAUCCUUACGCGCGUGGAAUGGUCGCUUGGGAAUACGCCGGGAAAGCAUGGCCAGCUUUGUGUAACCGCAGUGCCCGCCACGGAUUCCCACGUCCUUGUCCAGGUCGAUUCGGGCACGAGCACCGAUGCCAUGCGCAGCAGCAUCCUCGCCCUUCCCGUCUCUGUCCCCACCACCGGCCUUUUGCGCCAUGCGCUCGGAACCGCGGCGCAGACGUCGGCGUGGCUUGCGCCGGAUGCGACGUUUAGCACAGAUGCCGUGCUGGAGCCGAGCCACGCAUCGUUUUUGCGCACGCUCGAGUCGUUGGCCGAGGAAGAACGCGCGCGCACGUUGGAAGCCACGUUUCCCACAUGGCGCAAGGAAGAGAGCGCGCGGCUUCGCAGUGCAGAGCACGUCAAAGCGUCGCGCAAGACGCCCAAGCCCGUGCUGGAAAAUGCAUUUGUCGCGCGCUUGCUUGCCAUUGCGCUGCCGCAUGCCUCCUCUGGAAAGUCGACGCUCGAGGCGCCGAAUACGCUGCGAUACCUUUUGGAGCGCAACGCGGUGAGUUCGACCAUGAUGCGUGGGCCAAAAGAGCACGACUCGUUGCUUGCGCGAGUACGUGCGACAAACGACUGGUCCAUCCUCUACCUCUUGCUGCGCCAUGUCCCGGACCUUGCCGAGAUGCACGCCAUUACGAUCUUGCACGAUGUGCUUGCACAGCAAAACGAUCCUGCGGCGCCGACCAUUGCGCGUGUUCUCCAGCAUAUCCUUGCGCCGCCGAAGUUUGCAAAGCCAGCGCUGCGUAUGGCACUGCGUACGCAGAUCCGGUCCAAUGAACACGUCUUGAUUUUGCUGGAUAUCGUCCGACGAUGGCUGGACGCUGUGCUUAGCGGGCCGCUCGAUCGUCAGCUAGGAUUGCAAAAAGAUGGCAUGUGCACAGUGCCGCACACGCAGAUCCAGUACAGUUCGGGCGAUGUGCAUGCGCCGGAGCUGGAAACGCUGGUGUCGUUUGCCGAGGAUUUGCUAGAUACCUACUUUCCGCAGCUCCUUGCGUCGACGUCCACGCAUGCGUUCCUUGCCGAGUGUACCAAGGCAGUGGCGCAGCAUACACAGCAGCUGCAGUCCAUUGCGCGGCUCCAAGGCCCUCUUGAUGCGUUUCUGCAUGCAGAGAAGAGCAAGGAAGGCAAGGGGAAGCGCAAGGCCGAGGGCAAGUCGAAGCGUCUUGCUUUGCAUGAGGCGAGUUUGCUUGUGCCGCCCUACUCGGUCGAGACACUCGAUGUAUAA